CUGCGCCACUGAGCAGUUUGUAUAGGAAUGAAUGGGCGGCCAGUCCGUGGUCCAUCCUUUAUUAUGUCCAUGCUCUGGCAGCAUCUUUAGACGGAUGAGGAAGCCGGAACCAUUACGUCAUAGGCCACGCCCACUGGAUACAAACCCAGCGCGGGAGUCAGAUGAGGUCAGGAACAUAUGGCCGUCCCGUUGCUAGAACACGGCAGCGCCAAACAUUUCACUGACGAGUCUGACGACUGCUUCCUCAACUUGGGCCAAUACAGAGCUGGACUUGCUCAACGUCUGAAAAUCAAGUCUGGAUCAGUACCAACUCUCCUCGGCUCAGCUACAAACCUCGAAAAAACCCCCGACACCAUUUCAAUCAAGGUUGAAGAGGAUAUUGGUGGAGGCUUGCCCGCCGUAGAAGACUGUGAUGCCUUCAGAGACCGUAGCACUCAGCGCGGCGCCACCUCAGAGAGUCUGGGUGUGGUCGCCCCUGGCUCCUCCCACAUGUCCAGCCACAGUGAGGAACUGAAGAUUCUGAGCGUCUACGGAAAAGGGGAGGGCCCACUGGCAGAGGACGGCCAUGACACCCUCUUCACCGCGUCAGAAGUGGAGGCCCUGAACUCGCUGUCUGCGGACCACAGCGCGGCCAAGAGCCUGGAGCGCGCCGAGCGGUUGGUGUGCCAACUGGAGGCCUUGAGCUCGCUGUCCGCUGACCACAGCGUGGCCAAGAGCCUGAACUGCAGCGUACGGCUCGUCCGCCUUGAGGAGCUGACUGGGCAUCAGGGCGGCCGCAAGGGCCGGCCCGGUGUCUUGUGUGGAAAGGUUGUUCCCAACAAUGCCAAUAUGAUUGCCCACAUGAGGAGGACUCACUCCGGGGAGAAGCCCUACAAGUGUGACCAAUGCACGAAGCGGUUCAGUCUGAAAGGCACCCUGAAUAGACACAUGAUGAAUCACUCUGGAAAAAUCACCAGGAAAUCUGCAGCUGCACAUAGACACUAUCUACUCUGUCCAGUUUGUUUGAGGACCCAAGAGUCUCUAUCCUGUCACCUGCGCAGAGUCUGCAUGAAGGAUAAGACACCACCACAGAUCCUAGAGGUGGUUGAAAAGGCCAAGAAAGAUGUGUGUGACCUCCUGAAGAAUGGACGGGCUUUUAGUUAUGCAGUCCUGAAGCAAAUCGUCUCAUCACCAAAUCCACUCGAAGGAUUGAUUGAGGAGCUGAAAUACCAUCACUUGUUUGUGACAGGAGUCCCUCCUCCUCUGCCCAUUGGUAAUCCAAGGUUGGUCACCGAAACCCUUUCUGAAUGCCCUGGGGAGGCACCCGGAGAAACAGAGCCAUCUGAUGUGGAAUCUUGCGGCAGCAAUGAGCUUUUUCAAUGUAGACAAGAGAAAACGUAUACCAAAGACAAAAUGGUGAAAGCGAAGGAUUUAGGUAUUUUGAAAAAGCAUUCAGCAGAUCAUCCAUUGCUCAAGCGCUUUGCCGACUACCUAAAGAAUGAUUACGAAAAUGCAAAGUACCAACAGGAGGUUGACACUGUUUCCCGGUACCUGUAUUUUGCUGAUCCUACGGAACCAUCUUUGAAGUUUGUCAAUGACAGAGAGAAGCUCAGAGACUUCCUGGGUCAACAGGCUAAGGCAGGGUAUAAGGCACAAACAUCAGGAAAUUACAUCAAGUGCUUGAAAAGGUUCUUGGAGUUCCACUUGACAAGGACCGGCUUGAGACAGGAUGACGGGGAGCUCUACAAGCAGUGCACAUUAUAUUUGAGUUUUUUAACUUCUUCACAGAGUGUCCUCUCUAAGCAAGCGAGCAAAGAAAUUGUGCAAAAGAGUCAUGCCUUGUCGUUUGACAAAAGUCAACCCACACCUCGUGAAUGCUUGGCUGUUCUUGAUAAAGGUGAAGGUGACUUAGUGAAAAUCAUGAAUCAACUUGAUGACAGUUCUUCUUCCUCCCUGAGUAGGACUGAGUGCAUAUUUGUGCUAUACUAUCUUGAGGCAAUUGUCAUACUAAGACACUGCCAACAGCCUUGUGUGGUGCAGAGCAUGAAGGUCAAGGAAUGGCUUGAACGGAAACACGCAGAUGAUGAUUCAAUCGUUUUUGUAAAGGACCACAAGACGGCUGCACAUUUUGUGGUCUCAAUUGUCCUGUCCAAGAAGGAGGAGGCGUGGUUUGAGAAAUAUUACACCAAAGUGCGGCCACAGCUCCUUGCUGGCGAAAGGAAACGUAAGCGAGAUGAGCAGGAUGAGAAGGAUGGAGAUGAUUUUUUCUUUGUGUCCUCCCGCGGUAAGCCAAUUAACAAUGCAGCUGGUGAUCUGAUAAAGCUCCAGCAAAAGUGCAACGUCCCCCAGGUGAGCAGCCAGGUUGUACGGAGGGUAUUUGAGACAGCAGCUAACCGCCUGGAUGACCCUCAGAAGAAAGCAGUUUCUGACUACCUGGGCCAUUCUGGCACAACAGCUGACAGACAUUACAGGAUGAAAUCUCUUGAAUCCAUUGUGAUAGCUGCUGGUCUGCUGAAGAAAUUACAGAGGCAGAAGAAGUCAAGUGCUGGGCCUUCCGGAGAAGGGACCCGUCAAGAGGCUCUUGGAGAAGGGACCAGCCCUCAGUCAGUGGAGUCUUCCAGCCAUGGUGACCAUUGUGCUCUCCCUCAGCCUUCCUUGAGACAGCUAGUGAUCGAUUUAGAGAGGAUUCCUGAGGGAAAUGACAAAGUCAAAUUCCACGAGGCAUUCAAGUCCCUCUUGGAAAACCACCCUGUGACACUGAGUGGUCAAAUCCCAAAAGUGAGAAUCCGCAGGGACACCUCGGAGGCCAAUCAGCGGAAGCUUUACACGCACUGGGCGCAAAAGCAAUUAGAAAUGCGUGUAAAACACACCCGUGAACAAUUCAAUCGGAGGAGGCCAACGAAAGAGCGUGUCGACACAUGGGUCAAAAAGCAGGGAUGGAAGUGCAAGGCUGCCAACAUCAGCACUGAGGUUGUGGAGAACUGGGCACCAUCUGGAUCUGAGGACCGCAUCAUGGACAACAAACGGAUCCAGACAUUGGUGAAAACACAAGACUGGAAAGGACUGCACAUCACACAGUUUGAAGAGAAGGGCGAUGGGAUCAUUACAACCCGCACUUUUAAGAAAGGCGAGGUUGUAUGUGAUUAUCAUGGGCCUGUUGUUAGUGGAAAGGAGGGCGAGAACAUACACAAAAACACAACUGGAAAGGAGACUGGAUAUAUCUUCUUUUUCCGGAACAGUAAAGGACAGCCAAUGUGCAUUGAUGCCCACUCAGACAGGUGUCAUUGCCACCCUGACAAGAGAACAUUUGGCAGGCUGGUGAAUCAUUCCAAAAAGAACUCGAACAUCAAGCCCCUGCACUGUGUGGUGGACAAGCAUGGAGAAAUGAAGGAUGUGAUCCUUUUCAUUGCAACCAAGGAAUUGCCAGUGGGUGAGGAAGUUCUGUUUGACUAUUGAGUCAACAAAAAAUCUUUUAACAAUGAGGGGUCGGACUAUGACAUCAGCCUUCAGAGACACAUAUGACAUGUCCCUGGGUGGUGAAAUGUUUCAUCUGUGUGUUUGUUUGUGCUGAUGGCUCUUUAAAGGAUAUGGAUGAGGACUCCAAAAUCGUACCAUGACCCGUUUGGUGAGAUGUUUCAUAUGUUUUUUAGUGGAUCAAUUCUUGGCAUGUAUGGAUAAACUUUCUGAAUAUGAUGCGUGGCCUUUGACCUUUGGGGGGUGGUGGGGCGGCGGGUGACUCCUAAAGCUUAGAGGGCCUCUGCCUUCAGAGACACAUAUGACAUGUCCCUGUUUGGUGAAAUGUUUCAUCUGUGUGUUUGUUUGUGUUGAUGGCUCUUUAAAGGAUAGGGAUGAGGACUCCAAAAGCGGGAAAUGACCGAUUUUGGUGAAAUGUUUAAUAUGUGUUUUUUAGCGCUGAUUUUUGUUUUUGUUGUGUAGCUGUUUUGCAACUUGUUCUAGCUUGUGUAACUUAAAUUGAGGUUCUGUGGUGAUAUCCUGUUUCUUAUCUUUAGAGAUAUAUCAAUUAAAAAUCGUAUUCAUUCUA